AUGUCGGCUCAGCAGCAGUAUUACCCGCCCCCUCCAGGUGCCGGCAACACAGGUGCCCAGCAGCACUACCCGCCGCCGCCUCCGCCGCAGCAGCAGCAGCAGCAGCAGCAGCAGCAGCAGCAGCAGCAGCAGCAGCAGCAGCAGCAGCAGCAGCAUCAGUACGCGCCGCCUCCCGCCUCGUCUCCUCCCGCCCACCAGUAUCAGUACGCCUCUCCUCCGAUCUCGCCGCCCGCGGCGCAACAACAGUAUGCUGCUCCUCCCACCGCAUCUCCCGGGCACCAUCACACCCAGAGCUACCCGCCCCCGCCCCAGCCAUCGCCUGGACAUGCCGUCAACUACCCUCCGCCUCCUCCUGCCGGCCAGCCGACCCCGUCUCCCCAGCCUCAUCAACCGGCGCCCCAGCAGCACUAUGCGCCGCCCCCCGCCACUCCGCCGGCGCACCAGGGCCAGCCGCCGCAGCAGGUGCAUCAGCAGCAGCAGCAACAGUACCAUCCUCCUCAGCAGCAGACAAGCAUUCCUAUCCGGCCGGCCGCGACCCCUGAUGUGAAGCAGCCACCGCAGUACGAUGCGCCUCCGGCUUUCCCUAACACUGAGGCUCCAUAUCCGCCCGAGAAGCAAGGCCAUCACGAGGGGCACCUGGAUACCAGCAACCCCGUCAACCUCGUCGCAGGAGCUCCGCCGGCGGGGCACUUUGUUGGAGCCGGCGCCGUCGUGGACGACGUGGGCACGUUUAACGGCGGCAGCUACCGUAUCAGCCAUCGGGACACAAACACCAUUUUGACGAUUCAGCUCGCCAUGGGUUGUCCAUUCGAUGCGAAGCCAGGCGCCAUGAUCGCCAUGUCGCCGACAAUGACCCUGCGUGGCACCGUCAAGUUCAGCGUCAAGAAGAUGAUUGCCGGUGCCGACCUCAACACGUCCAGCUACAUUGGUCCCGGAGAACUGCUCCUCGCACCUCCCAUGCUUGGCGACAUCACCAGCAUCAGACUCUCUGGCAACGAGAGCUGGUCCGUUGGCCAUGAUGCGUAUCUCGCCUCCACCCAGGGCGUCAUCAAGGACCACAAGCGCCAAGGCCUCGGCAAAGCCAUGUUCAGCGGCGAGGGUCUAUUUGUCUACAAGAUGAGCGGUACGGGCAUCAUGUGGCUGACCAGCUUCGGUGCCAUCAUCAGGAAAGACCUCAUCGACGGAGAAAAAUAUAUCGUCGACAACGGCCACCUCGUGGCAUGGAACACAAAAUAUGUUCUCGAGCGCGUCGCUUCAGGCGGAAUAAUAUCGAACUUUGCCUCGGGUGAGGGCCUGGUUUGCAAGUUCACCGGCCCUGGCACCAUCUUUAUCCAGACCAGAAAUGCGAAAGCAUUCACCGCGUACAUGGGAGGACAGACUGUUCAGGCGUAA